GAUGGCGGUUUCCAGCGUUCCGUAUCACACAUCAUCGUGUUUGAUAGCAGCAUAGCUUAAUUUCCCUACUCUUUCCCCCUCACCGGGAAACAGAACAGAGCGAGCCUAGCGGAGCUGUGCCCCUUCCAGUGAGACGCGGUACCGGUGUCUCCAUGGUUUGUUCGUCCGAGGAGCCGGUGUCCGUGUCGGCCUGACGGAGGUUGCGUUAUCCGAGUAUGGCCACCGAGAACAGGGUUCAUUUCUGGAGGAGAAACGCAAAGGUUCCCGGAAGGUAUCCCAAAGACACAAAGCCUAAAUUCAACAACAUCAAGUCUAAAAAGGCGUCCAGCUUCCACGAGUUUGCCCGCAGCACCAACGAUGCCUGGGACAUCGAUGACGAGGAAGACGAGGAUUUCCUGGGGAUCCCCGCCCCCACUUCAUCCCUGCCAUCAGGCCCACAUUCAACAUCUACACAGAACCAGCAGCAGCAGCAGAAUCAAGCUGAUGAUGCAGAAGGCGAAAUGUCCCAAAGACUGUCUCCUCCCAAGACAGACGGUCAGACCCUGCAGGACGUGCAGGAGGAGGACGGCGAGUGCAAGCACGUCAACGGCAAGGUUGUCAAGUCUAACAGCGAGGCCCAGCUCAACACGUCCUCAGUCCGCCUCACCCUGCAGAAGCAGCAGUCUCUCCCGGUUCGUCCCAUCAUCCCGCUGGUGGCUCGCAUCUCAGACCAGAAUGCAUCAGGGGCACCACCCAUGACGGUGAGGGAGAAGAGCCGGCUGGACAAAUUCAAGCAGCUGCUGGCCAGUGCCAACACUGACCUAGAGGAACUCCGAAAGCACAGCUGGUCAGGCAUACCAAGAGAAGUCCGGCCAAUCACAUGGAGACUUCUCUCUGGUUACCUGCCAGCCAACAAAGAGCGCAGAGAGCUGGUGCUGAAAAGGAAGCGAGAUGAAUACUUCGGCUUCAUCGAGCAGUAUUACCACUCCAGAACAGACGAGCACUUUAAAGACACGUAUCGACAGAUCCACAUCGACAUUCCAAGGACCAACCCUCUGAUUCCUUUAUUCCAGCAGCCUGCAGUACAAGAGGUGUUUGAGCGUAUCCUGUUUAUCUGGGCCAUCCGUCACCCAGCCAGUGGCUACGUUCAGGGAAUCAACGAUCUGGUCACACCCUUCUUUGUCGUCUUCUUGUCUGAGUUUGUCACGGAGGACGUAGAGAACUUUGACGUGGCAGCUCUGCCUCUGGACACACAGAGAAACAUCGAGGCUGACAGCUUCUGGUGUAUGAGCAAGCUGCUGGAUGGCAUACAGGACAACUACACCUUUGCUCAGCCUGGAAUCCAGAACAAAGUGAAAGCUUUGGAGGAACUGGUCAGCAGGAUAGAUGAGGAUAUUCACAAUCAUUUCAAGAAGUAUGAGGUGGAGUACCUGCAGUUUGCUUUUCGGUGGAUGAACAAUCUGCUGAUGAGGGAGCUGCCACUUCGUUGUACUAUCCGCCUGUGGGACACUUACCAGGCUGAAGCUGAGGGUUUCUCCCACUUCCAUCUGUACGUCUGUGCUGCUUUCCUCAUCGAGUGGCGUAAAGAAAUCCUCUCCAUGAUCGACUUUCAGGGCCUGCUCAUGCUACUGCAGAACCUUCCCACAAUCCACUGGGGUAACGAGGAAGUGGGCCUCCUGCUGGCUGAAGCUUAUAGACUGAAGUACAUGUUCGCAGACGCGCCCAGCCACUACAAGAGAUAGGCCCGGAGCUUCCAUCCAUUCAUCCAACAUCACAGCUCACACUGUACUUUUAACAUUGAGAUCAAACUAGACUGUGACUGGAUGGACCCACAGUAUGUUGUCUCUGAGGUCACAUGGAAGUGACUGAUGUGUGCACCUUCAAGAGACCUGCAGGAGAUGAACCUCUGAGCCUCCUAACAAUCUCACUUAAAUGAUCCUGUGAAAAUGAAGUCAAUGGGGUUUAUGAUUCAGUGAAUACAGGACUAUUUUGCAGUCAAUAUUACUGCAGUGUAUUAAUGGACUGUUACAGCAUAAACAGCCUCAGCUAUGCCAUCUUGUUUUUAGUCACGCAACAUUUGAUUGUCUCUCUAGUUCGAUGUACGUUCAGAAUAACACGCUGUAAUAUAAAGGGAUGAUGAAUGUUUGUGAGAUCAUCCUUUUAGUCAGAGAUGGUAUCUACAGAUUCUAUUUUUUACAGAUUUGUUCUUAGUAGUUGUUUUACAAGGGAAAGAAAAUAUUAGCUGCAAACUUGAAGCCUAAUCAUUUAAUCUAGUCUGACACUGUCCCCUUCCUUUUUAGAUGAGAAAGGUUAUUUCUGAGAAGACCUUUGUUUAAGUUUAGGCCUACCAAAUCUGCACUGUACAAUCAACCAAUCAAAAGUCCUCUCCAAUUCAAAAAAAUAUGAACUCUUAAUAAAAGGGAUCACUUGAUCUUAAAAUUAUCAUUUUUGGGGGAAGAAUAUGUACACAAGUUCAUAUUUUGUGUAGUUUUUAGAUAUAAGCCCCAAUAGUAGAAGAUAGUAGGUACUAUGUUAUAUUUCAGAGUUUAGAAGAACUGAUUUAGUUUCAGUUUGGUUCCAGUAUGAACUAGCUGACAUUAGCUGAUAGCUUUAGGAAUCCACAUUCAUAUUUCAGCCUGUGUGGGUCUUAUUUGUUGGAACUGACUAAGAAGAAUCUAAAUUGUAUUCUAUUUUAGUUGUACAUACAACUUUAGUUAGAGAUUGUUGCACAUUCUUAUAACUGGUACUAAAUGAGAUCGGUAGCUACUGUUUUGUUUUUUUGUUGUCGUUUUUUUUUUUUUUUUUGGACUGAUGGUUUUAAUUUGACCAAACUUUAUGCAGAACAAGAGUAUCAGUCUUAUAAAUGAUCUUUAUGAUAAUCUGUAAAGUAUCUCAUUAGAUACUUAACGCUAUUAAAAACUGCAUUUUCAUAACCAGUAGUUAAACUGUUCCAUUUCAUAGCAACACCCUGAGUUUUGAGUUGUUUGAAUAAUGACUUGUGUUGAUGCUUGUUGGUACUGAAGGACAUUGAUUAGUCAUUAAACAUUCAGUCAUGCCAUCCUACUGUACUUGAGACAGUCCUGUGGACACAUCGCAGCUUUGAAUCUAUGACGAUGCCUUCUGUUCUGAGCAUUUGUAAUGUAUUCCUGUCUUUUGUAACAUGGUAAUGUAACAUGGACACAUGCUUUGUCAUCAUUAAUGCUUGCUCUAUAUGUUUGUUUCAGGUUCAGGUUACUUUGCUCUCAUACUGUGACAAGAUCCUUUUUUUUCUGUGGGAAUGUGAAUAUGUUACUACUCAUCUACCUUCAGUUACAGUGAUAAUUAUAACAUAAUAUAUGUUUUAAAAGAUA